AUGGUCGAUAUUCGAGGACUCAAGGUCCUAUCAGUUGCUUCACAAUUUUCAGUAACGUUCAGCCGAAUUGAUUCAGAAGGAAAGCUGGUCAUGGGAUUUAGAAAGGGCUCUAGUAUCUCAGCAGAACAGGACACCCAAACUGUUAAGUCUGGUCCAGAGGGUGGGAAUGAAAGCACUGCUGUGGACUCAAAUGCAAACAUCCCUCUUCGGCCACCUAAAGGCAUUAUAGAAUCAAGAAAUCCUAGUAGUCAUGGAGACCAGGCAACCUUGCCUAAGUUUGACAAAGGAGGAUUUAUACAAAAGGAUGGACCUCUUGGUAAGUAUUCACAUGGCCCUAGUGAAAGGAAAGGAAGCUCAUUUGGUUCAAAGAGUAAACGUCUAAGGAUUGAAAAUGAGGACUCAAUGGAGUUGAAAUUGUCAUGGGAAGAGGCUCAAGAACUGCUCCGUCCACCUCCUAACUCUGUUCCUUCUGUUGUUGUCAUUGAAGGCCAUGAAUUUGAGAAAUACGAGGAGUGUUGACCCAUCAUUAUGGUUGAUGAAUUCAAUGCCUUC